AUGCUUCACAGUGGCGACCUCCCGCUCGAUCAAGCCCCAGGGGCAGGGGUCGUGUUGCCGGGAGGCUUGAACAUAUACUACCUCGAUGUGGCGCCGAACUCUGAGGGCCCAAUGCACCGAACGACUUCCACCGACUACCUCGUCGUACUACAGGGCCAGCUGAGCCUCGUGACGCCGGGCUCGGCAACUUACUCCGUACGCGACGGCAAGGGCUCCUACAGCGUGCCCGUGGAAACUGUUGUCGGCGCCGGCGAGGUGAUCCUGCAGCGCGGGAUGAUGCAUGCCAUCUGGGACAGCCUGUCGAAUCGGACCAACAGCUGGGUUAGAGUCCUGGGCAUAGUCGCAUCCUCGGACGCCAACCGCGUGCCCAUUGAUGGCCAAGCGGAGCCCGAGAAAUAUAGGACGUUGGAGGAUGCGUGGCUGCAGUAG